CCACUGCCAGCUCCUCCAGCCGCAACGUCAAGUCAACCAGGCGGAAGCUCCCCACGUCAACACCAUCAUCCCAAACGAACCAUUCCCCGUCUAUCGUUAUCUUGCCAUAUUCAACAACAACCAACGAACCUUUCUCAGCGACCACGAACAUCUCGAAUAGCGACCGAGUUCUUUCGCCGAAGCCUCUCUUGUUUACGAAACGAUACCCCGCAUUUAGAGCAGUCUCUCGAUUCCCGACUCUAGUUAACUAUGGAUCACCGCCCGCAAGCUUGGGGUCGUCCCAGAGACGAUGUUUACGGCGCCUAUGACCACUCCUACCUCCAGAACAGCGGCCCGAGGCAGGCGACACAAGCACCCAUCGUGACAGGUACCUCCGUCAUCGCGAUCAAGUACAAGGACGGUGUAGUCAUGGCCGCGGAUAACCUUGCCUCCUACGGCUCCCUAGCCCGCUUCCCCGACGUCAAGCGCCUGCGCGUCUUCCUCGACUCCUCCGUCAUCGGCUUUUCCGGCGACGUCUCCGACAUGCAAUUUCUCGACCGGCACCUGACCGAGCUCUCCAUCGACGAAGCGUACGAGGACCCCUCCUGCACCUCUGUCCCCAACGGCAAGGGCCACCUCAACGCCGCCAACCUGCACAAGUACCUGCAAAAGCUCCUCUACAAGCGGCGCAACGAUUUCGACCCGCUUUGGAACCAGCUUCUGAUCGCCGGUUUCGACGGCGACUCCAAGCCGUACCUGGCCAGCGUCGACCUGCGGGGCACUAGCUUUACGUCGCCCUCGCUGGCGACGGGCUUCGGAAGCGCGCUGGCGCAGCCUAUUAUGCGCCGGUAUGCGGCGACGGAGGAGGAUGCUGCUAAGUUGAGCCGCGAGGAGGCGGUCGAGAUUAUUAAGGAGUGCAUGAAGGUGCUGUAUUACCGCGACGCGAGGAGCUUGGAUCGGUACAGCAUUGCGGUUGUGACGAAGGAGGGCGUGGAGCUGAAGCAGGAUGAGCAGCUUGAGAAGCAGAGCUGGGCUUUUGCUGAGCGGAUUAAGGGGUAUGGUACUCAGACUGUGUAAAGGUGGUCUGUAGAUAGCAUUGCUUAGGACAGUGGUAUGGGCUCGGGGUGGUUGUAAUGAGGCCUUGAGUGGAAGACAAUCGAAUCAAUGACUAGAUAUCUGGUCAUACGCAGAUAAUGAAUAUACAGUGGCCGUUUACUAUCCUAAAACAAUGGAAUUUGUAGCAGAGCCGUGAUAUUUCUGUACCAACU